AUGCUAGCAAUAAGAUGUCGAUUACCAAUUAAUUCGUCUCGAAUUGUGUCUGCUGCUGGUGUAAUUACAAGAAAAGAACAAAAACGACAUGCAUCUUUAACAAUGGAAACACUUAAUCCACUUGUUAAAGAAGUUGAAUAUGCUGUUAGAGGUCCGAUCGUUAUUCGAGCUGGAGAGAUUGAAAAAAAAUUAAAGGGUAGUCAUAAUUUUCCGUUUGAUCGUGUUAUUCGAGCUAAUAUUGGUGAUUGUCAUGCUAGUGGUAAUCAAGUACCUAUUACAUAUAUUCGACAAUUCGUAGCUGGUUGUACUUAUCCAGAAUUAAUGAAAUCAUCUAAUUUUCCAUCAGAUAUAAAAAGUCGUGUUGAACGUUUAUUAUCUGUAUGUGGUGGAAAAAGUCUUGGUGCAUAUACAGAAAGUCAAGGUAUUAUAACAAUACGUGAAGAUAUUGCAGCUUAUAUUCAACAACGAGAUGGUUAUCCAUCAGAUCCAAAUAAUAUUUAUCUUUGUAAUGGAGCUUCCGAUGGAAUUAAAACUAUAAUUAAGCUUCUAAUGAAUAAUAAUCUAGAAAAACCAUCGGGAAUUAUGAUACCUGUUCCACAAUAUCCAUUAUAUAGUGCUACUCUAUCUGAAUAUGGAGCUUAUCAAAUUGAAUAUUAUCUUGAUGAAGGUAAUAAUUGGGCAUUGAAUAUAGAUGAACUUGAACGUGCAUUAAAUCAAUCAAAAGAUCGAUGUGUACCACGUGGUAUGGUAAUCAUUAAUCCUGGAAACCCUACUGGUCAAGUACUUUCACGUGAUAAUAUUGAAAAUGUUAUUCGUUUUGCUCAUAAACAUCAAUUAUUUAUUGUGGCUGAUGAAGUUUAUCAAGAAAAUGUUCAUUUACCAGGUUCAAAAUUUUUUUCAUUUAAAAAGACACUUAUGGAUCUUGGUGCACCAUAUAAUCAAAUGGAAAUGGCUUCAUUUCAUUCAGCAUCAAAAGGUUGGCAUGGAGAAUGUGGUUCUCGUGGUGGUUAUUAUGAAUUAAUUAAUAUUGAUAAGGAUGUCAGAGUACAAGUUAAUAAACUCAUAUCAGCAUGUCUAUGUUCGACAGCUUGGGGACAAGCUGUUAUGGCAGCAAUCAUAAAUCCACCAAAAGAAGGAGAACCAUCCUAUGAACUUUAUAAACAAGAACGUUCAGCAGUUGUUAACCGAUUAAGAGAAAAAGCUGAACUUGUUGGUCGAUUAUUUAAUUCAGUUGAAGGUGUACAAUGUAAUCCUGUUAUGGGUGCAAUGUAUGCAUUUCCACGUAUUGAACUUCCUAAAAAAGCAAUUGAACAUGCUAAAUCGAAAAAUAUGGCUCCAGAUGCUUUUUAUUGUUUUCAAUUAUUAGAAAAAACUGGCAUAUGCGUUGUACCGGGUAGUGGUUUUAAACAAUCACCAGGAACACAUCAUUUCCGUACAACAAUUUUACCACCUGUUGAUCAAAUGAAAGAUAUGGUUGAAAAAUUUCGUACAUUUCAUUUGUCAUUUUUACGUGAAUGGAAAUAG